AUGUCAUCUCUUCAUCGACUUCAGAAAAGACUUUCUGAAUCGGACGAUCUACGAGCCCAAUAUACUGCCUUCAUGGAGGAUUAUCUCCAGUCAGGUCAUAUGUGUGUCGUUGAUCCGUCCCUCCUCCUCCGACAGACUGUAUACCUUCCGCAUCAUGGCGUGACUCGAGUCGACAGUCUCACCACCAAACUCCGCGUUGUGUUCAACGCCUCGGCGCCUACGCAAAAUGGGAAAUCAUUAAAUGAUUAUCUUUUCCCUGGUCCCAAAUUACAAUCGGAACUUGUGUCCCUUAUUCUUCGCUGGCACCAAUGGAAAUAUGUUUUUAGCGCCGACAUUGCACAAAUGUACCGGCAAAUACUAGUACACCCCGAAGAUCAAUCAUACCAGCUGAUACUGUGGCGGGUUGCUUCAUCUGAGCCCGUGCAAACCUAUGAACUUCGCACGGUCACUUAUGGGACAACUUCAGCCCCAUAUCAAGCGCAAAGGGUCAUCUACCAGCUAGCGGAGGAUGAGGGUCCCAAUUUCCCCCUCGCGGUUCCUAUAUUACGCAAUGACCGUUACGUAGACGACAUAAUGUCGGGCGCAGAUACGAUUCAGAACACUCUAGCAAAAAAGACACAAACCGCGGACUGUCUAGCGCGGGGCGGAUUUCUUCUCCGAAAAUGGGCCAGCAAUGAACUUGAAAUCCUCACCGGAGUCGAUCCUGCCAACCACGGAUUCGCGCUCAAACGUCCAUUUGACCUUCAAUCGAAAUUGAAGGUGCUAGGGCUGUGCUGGAACCCCGUAGGAGAUGAAUUUAACAUUCAUGUUUCUCUUCCGCCAUGGGAAACCCCUACCAAACGGCGAAUUUUAUCCCUCGUAGCUCACCUCUUCGACCCGCUUGGUUGGCUAGCACCGGUCAUCUUAAUUCCCAAGAUUCUUCUACAAGACUUGUGGUAG